ACGGCGACGUCCUCGCAGGCUUCGCAUCGGCGGCGUAGAUCGACCGUCAGCGAUAACGAGCGGAGGCCGAAGAGGGGCGACGAGGACUACAUUAAGCGUCCCGAAAAUGCGUUCAUCCUCUUCCGCCGCAAAUGCUGCGAGGACCGCAACCAGGCGCAGGAGGAUCCCGAGGAUCCUGCUGCGGCGCCUGCCAAGAAGCAGCGACAGGCAGACCUCUCCAAGGCUAUCAGCCAGCAGUGGAAG